GGGCAAUUUAGAGCCGCGCACCGGGCGGGAAUGUAAGAUGGCGGAGUAGAAACGCGAGUGCUUAGUACUGAGUGUCUGGGCCGACUCGGUUCGGGUCUCGGCGGCAGCAGCAGUGAUCGUUAAGCAAAGAGAGCCUAGGGUACUUGGCCAAGAUGCCGAAUAUCAAAAUCUUCAGCGGCAGCUCCCACCAGGACCUAUCCCAGAAGAUUGCCGACCGCCUGGGCCUGGAACUGGGCAAGGUGGUGACUAAGAAAUUCAGCAACCAGGAGACCUGUGUGGAAAUCGGAGAAAGUGUUCGUGGAGAGGAUGUCUACAUUGUUCAGAGUGGCUGCGGUGAAAUCAAUGAUAAUCUCAUGGAACUUUUGAUUAUGAUUAAUGCCUGCAAGAUUGCUUCAGCCAGCCGGGUUACUGCAGUCAUCCCGUGCUUCCCUUAUGCCCGGCAGGAUAAGAAGGAUAAGAGCCGGGCUCCGAUCUCAGCCAAGCUGGUUGCAAAUAUGCUCUCUGUAGCAGGCGCAGAUCAUAUUAUCACCAUGGACCUUCAUGCUUCUCAAAUUCAGGGCUUUUUUGAUAUCCCAGUGGAUAACUUGUAUGCAGAGCCAGCGGUCCUCAAGUGGAUAAGGGAGAACAUCUCUGAGUGGAGGAACUGCACAAUUGUCUCACCUGAUGCUGGAGGAGCAAAGAGAGUGACUUCCAUCGCAGACCGGUUGAAUGUGGACUUUGCCUUGAUUCACAAAGAACGGAAGAAGGCCAAUGAAGUGGACCGCAUGGUGCUAGUAGGAGAUGUGAAGGACCGUGUGGCCAUCCUCGUGGAUGACAUGGCUGACACUUGUGGUACAAUCUGCCAUGCAGCUGACAAACUUCUCUCAGCUGGAGCCACCAGGGUUUAUGCUAUCCUGACUCAUGGAAUCUUUUCUGGCCCAGCCAUUUCUCGCAUUAAUAAUGCAUGCUUUGAAGCAGUAGUAGUCACCAAUACCAUACCUCAGGAGGAUAAGAUGAAGCAUUGCUCCAAAAUACAGGUGAUUGACAUCUCCAUGAUCCUCGCGGAAGCCAUCAGGAGAACUCACAAUGGAGAAUCUGUCUCCUAUCUGUUCAGCCAUGUCCCUUUAUAAUAGAAUGACUCCUGAGGCUUUUCAAAAAUAAAGUCUUUGCCCUGGGGCCAGCUGACAUGGAACACUGAUGCCAUAAAUUGCUGAUUCUGCUAUUUCCUGAAGUAUUGGGUCAGUGAAUCAGGGUUUGCUAUGUCAGAAUUUUUUUGACAUCAGGACCCCAUACUCUGGGCCCUCUUGGGCAAUCCAGUUCCUAGGAUGAGGUUUUGAGGCCAUCAGGAAAGGCCCUUAGCCCCCAUCUUUGAUUCCUAUGCUUGGGGGGAGGUCAAGAUUCAAUUCCCUGUGACACCCAGCAUCAUACCCGAAGUACUGCCAGGACUGUUCUUUCUUCCUCAAGUGAGAGAGUCCCAAAUGUCCUGGAUGGCAAGCAAUUCUUAACUGGGGAACAGUAGCAGGAACAGGCCUGGAGGGGCCAGGGAGGAGGCACAAAAGCUGAAUGGAGUUGCAAGGAAAGCACAGUUUAGAAGAAACUGUAGCCUUAAUAGCCGUGUCAUUACUUCUGAGCAAAAGACAUCACCAGGUUUGAUUUCACAUGCCCUCACCUCCACUUACCCUUAGAACUGGAGAAAAGAUUACUUGGACCAAGGCUGAACUGGGCAACUCUCAAACCUAAUGUCUUUAUCAGAGGUUUAUUUGAUCUCAAGUUGGGGCUUUUCCAGAUUUGGAAUAAAAACAUUUUCUGCUCAGGAGUUUUUUUAACUUGCCCAUCAAUAGUAUGUAGCCCUUAACCUGAGGGUUAGAAUCACGUAAAAGUUUAAAUUAAAGAAAAAGCUCUCCUAUUAACUUGCCCUCCUGACAUCUCUCUCUUGGUUGUGGGAGAGGGGGAAGAGACCUCCAGAAAGAAAUCACCUUGUGGAGGGUGGGGGCAGGAUAGAAAGCUCUGCAUUGCCACCCUGAGGAGCCCGCCACUUGGACUGGAGACCACUAAAAGUGUAAGUACCCUGUUUUCAAGAAUAGCCCUUAUGUUCGCAGUCAGGAAUUGGAGCCAGCCCCCUACCCUGGCCUGAGUCUGCACCUCCAGUCUCAAGAUGGAUGCUUCUUCAGCCCUGAUGAUUUGCUUCUGCAGCCCUGAGCCCCAGUCUCUGUGUCUGGUUUUCCCUUGCCCUGCCUUCGCCAGGGAUUCAUUUUCAUUACCGUGAAAAAAGGCACAGGCCUUUUGCAACCUGUGCAUCAAGGACCAAAAGAGGUCCUUAUAGGAGGGCCCUGUGUCUUUGGAGUCCUCUAGGGAUCCCAAAGGGGCUUGCCCUGGUGGCUCCAUGGUAAAGAAUCCACCUGCCAAUGCAGGAAACGGGUUUUUUAAUUUAUUGAUUUGGCUAUGCUGGGUUUUAGUUGUGGCACGCAGAAUCUUCUUUGUUGCAGUGUGCAGGAUCUUUAGUUGUAGCAUGUGAACUCUUAGUUGUGGUAUCUGGGAUCUAGUUCCCUGACCAGGGAUCAAACCCAGGCCCCCUGCAUUGGGAGCAUGGAGUCCUAGCCACUGGACCAUGAGGGAAGCCUGAAACAGGUUCCUUUUUUUUUUUUAUUUUUUUAUUUUUUUUUUCCAGUGGGUUUUGUCAUACAUUGAUAUGAAUCAGCCAUGGAUUUACAUGUAUUCCCAAUCCCGAUCCCCCCUCCCACCUCCCUCUCCACCCGAUUCCUCUGGGUCUUCCCAGUGCACCAGGCCGGAGCUGAAACAGGUUCCUUUGACAGUCAUGAUUGAAAUAGAGCUACAGCUAAAGACUUCCUCCCGCUUUAUUCUUUUGCCACAUUUUUUUUUUCUUUUGCCACAUUUUGAGGCCUGUUUUCUCUUGGGCUUUUCUUGCAAGUCUUACACGCCUUGUUUAAAAAUAAAACAAAUUCUCCCAAUUA